CCAGCUCUCCCAAUUCCAAAUUCCCUAAACUAUUUUGACAAGUAAACUCAAAAGUUUUGAAGAGGGUAGUUAAAUCUAUUUAUUUUUUUCAGAAUGUCUAAACAACUUUUAUUACGAAUUCAGAGUCCAGAAGGAACGAGAAGAAUCGAGAUUAGUCCCUCGUCGACUACUAGUCAACUGUUUGAAACUAUCUAUGAAGCAUUCAAUUUAAAUAGUUUUGCAUUUGCCUUGUAUAAACAAAGAAAUAAAAAGGACGAAAUAGCUAGCAGUAAAACGAAAUCGCUCAGAUCUAUAGGCCUUAAACAUGGGGAUAUGAUAUAUUUGAGUCCACUUAAUGGCUCAGUUUUAUUCUCUGUUACACCAUCAGGAGAACCAAUACCUGAAGCUGGACCUUCAACUAGUAGUGGUUCCAAACCUGGUAGUGCUUCUAAUAAGGCUCUAGCAACUGCAAAAUCUACUGUAAAAGAAGACGAGGUUGAUCAGAUUUUGUCCAAGUUGGAGGGUAGAAUAGAAAGAAAAAGAGAUGAUAAAUUAUGUCGCCACAAUUCCAAUUCUAAAUGUGUUCAUUGUUCACCAUUGGAACCAUUCGAUGAGACUUAUUUAAAAGAUCAUAACAUUAAACAUAUAUCAUUUCAUUCUUACCUGCGCAAAAUGAUGUCCGGAGUUGACCGUGGAAAAUUUUUGGCACUUGAAGAUAUAUCGUGUAGUAUCAAGACUGGCUGCAAGGACCACCCACCAUGGCCUAAGGGUAUUUGCUCAAAGUGUCAACCAAAUGCGAUUACAUUAAAUAUGCAGUCAUACCGUCAUGUUGAUAAUGUAACAUUUGAAAACACCAAAAUAGUGGAAAAGUUUCUAAAUUAUUGGAGAGGUACGGGUCACCAGAGAAUAGGAUUUUUAUAUGGAAGUUAUGAUGUUCAUUCUGAUAUACCUCUAGGUAUCAAAGCAAAUGUAGUAGCUAUUUAUGAACCACCUCAGGAAAGUUCUAGAGACACAAUUAGACUGUUACCAGAUGAGAAGGAGGCAGUUGUCGAGCAUAUAGCAAGUGCUUUGGGCUUGAGAAAAGUUGGUUGGAUCUUUACUGAUCUGUUGCCUGAAGAUAUUAAAAAGGGCACUGUAAAACAUACAAGAAAUGUGGAAUCACAUUUCCUAUCGGCACAGGAAUGUAUUAUGGCGGGAUAUUUUCAAAACUUACAUCCCAACGCUUGCAAAUACGCAUCAAGUGGAUCAUUCGGGUCUAAAUUUGUUACCAUUUGUGUAACAGGUGAUAAAACAAACCAAGUUCACAUGGAGGGGUAUCAGGUUUCCAACCAGUGCAUGGCUCUAGUGAAGGAUAAUUGUCUAGUUCCCACCAAAGACGUUUCAGAAUUAGGUUAUGUCCGAGAAUCGUCUGACAAACAAUAUGUUCCUGAUGUGUAUUAUAAGGAAAAAGAUUCAUACGGCAACGAAGUGUCUCGACUUGCUAGACCAUUACCAGUUGAAUACUUGCUGGUAGAUGUUCCAGCUUCAACACCAGUGACUCCUCAAUAUACUUUCAAUCCGGAUCCAGAAAAGCAUCCCUUCCCGGUUGAAAACCGAUUUAUAGAUGGACAUAUUCAGGAUUUCAAUGCCUUGACAACAUACCUCCAACAAUUCAACUUCGACGAAUUCUACGAAGCGAUCGACGACUUCCAUUUACUGAUCUACAUUGCCACCAUGGAAAUGCUGCCUAUGCGAGAAUAUUUAGGCCCUCUGUUGGACGCUUUGCGCAACAAAGAUAGGAACGCAGCUACUGAGUGGUCGAGGUCUGAACAAUGGGCAACAUUGGAACAAUUGAUAGCAGCUAGUUCACCGCCACCUUCGAGACCCGGUAGUGUUUCAUCUGGAAACAUUAAUUCCUCUGCCGGAGCAUCAACUGGGCCGAAGUGGACCUGCCCAUUUUGCACGUUCAUCAACGAGUCCGACGCUCACAGUUGCGAGAUGUGUAACUUGCCUCGGUCGCGGUCUUAGGACGGGCAUCCCGAAACCGAUGAGCCUCUUGAUGUGGAAUAGAUUUUCCUUUCUAACGGUCCCCAAGUAGCUCGAAAAAAGGAUAAAGGGGGACAAGCCGCGUUUUUACAGAACGUUUUUUUAACACUAAUCAAAUGUUACGUGAAUAAUUCGGUUCAGUUCUAAUUUAUUUUCUUUUGCUGUAAAUACAUACUAUAUACAACUGUUUUCAUUUCUGUAGAUAUAAGACGGUUUAUUUUAACAUACCUAUAUAAUGAAAUGGUGAAAUGAAUAAAAUUUUU